UUUUUUGUUGUUACCGUUUGCGUAUUCUUGUAGAAUCAAUAAUGAUCUUUACUUUGCAGGCGUUCCUUGAUAGUCCGAGGAUCGAAGUCCUUGAGUCUUGUCGUAAGGCCGACUUAUUGUGUGUUGCCGCCCAUUUUGGUAUACCAGUGUCUAGACAUGCCAUUAAAAGAGAGCUCAGGGCUGAGCUUAUAGAGCAUUUAGUGGAGUUAAAGGUCCUUGUUGCCAGUGUCCCGUCUGUCUCUAAAGAUGAAACUGCCGGUGUGGCUGUUGACAGCAACGCCGUGGGUGUUGUCACGCCUCCAGGAAAGGUAGAGGAAGCUGAGGUCCCUCCUGCGACUUUACCACGCUUUGAUCCUUUGUCCCCCGAAUUGGGGAGUUCUAGCAGGGAUGCUAAGCUUAAGCUUCGCCUCACGCGGCUACGUCUGGAGACAGAGGAGAGGGAGAGAGAAAGAGAGCGACGGGCAGAGUAUGAGCUCCGCCUGCAGGUUCGCAGGAUGGAGAUUGAGGCGGACAAGGAAGUCCGGCUGAAGCAGCUGGAGGUUGAGGCUUUGCAACACUCUGCAGCACAUUCUUCGAUGGCAGACACUGCUACUGCUUUAGAGGUUUCUAACGGGAAAAGGGGGUUUGAUGUAAGCAGAAACAUAGCGAUGGUGCCUACGUUUCGUGAGUCUGAGGUGGAUUUCUACUUUAAAGCUUUUGAACGUGUGGCAAUAGCUCUUGACUGGCCAGAGGACAUGUGGUCCAUAUUGCUUCAAUGUAAGCUGGUGGGAAAAGCUCAGGAAGUUGUAUCCUCUCUUUCUGUUGCUGACAGCUUACAAUACACAGUGCUGAAAGAGUCUAUAUUGCGUGCCUAUGAACUUGUACCAGAAGCAUACAGGCAGAAAUUUAGGAAUCACAAGAAACCUAGUGGUCACACAUUUGUUGAGUUUGCAAGAGAAAAAAGUGUUCUCUUUGACAAGUGGUGUUCGGCCAGUGAAGUUCAAAACAAUUUUGAGUCUCUCCGUCAGCUUGUUCUUCUUGAGGACUUUAAGGGUUCAUUACCAGAGAAAGUCGUUGUGUUCCUCAAUGAACAAAAAGUUACAUCAUUGUCAAAGGCAGCAGUGAUGGCUGACGAGUUUGUUUUAACCCAUAAGACUGUGUUCUGGUCUCAUUCUGAAGGGUUAGCAGGACCCCGCCCUCUGAGAGUGGAGCCUAGAUCGUUUCCUCAGGAUAAGCCCAGAGAACUAUCAACUUCCCCUCGUGGUAGUCGUGAAUGUUUCUACUGCCAUAAAAGGGGCCAUGUUGUUGUAGAUUGUCCUGGUCUGAAACGCAAAUUGUCAUCCACAUCACCUCAACCUAAAGGCAUGGGUCUGCUCAAAAGUUUGCCAGGUAUGGACAAGCCUCAAACUUUAGACCCAUGUUUCAAACCUUUUGUGUCUCAGGGUUUCAUUUCAGAAACAGGCCAUCCAGACAACCAACAGCCGGUGACUAUGCUGAGAGACACGGGCGGCUCACAAUCUGUCAUACGGGAAGGAAUAUUGCCAUUAACUGAGGGCUCUUCAUGUGUGGAUUUCAUUCUCGGAAACGACAUAGCGGGUGGAAAGGUUGUACCAGCUCCUGAGGUGACAGAAAACCCUGUUGUGGACUUAGGUGUUGAGAAUCCACAGCCAGGUUUUGAAGGUUUCCCUCAUUGUGUUGUCACCAGGGCUCAAACACAGAAGUACGGUCUUGAUUUGUCUGAUUCCUUUCUUGCUGGAGAAUGUGUUUCGGUGAAGGGCAGAUCUAGCAGAUUGCCUAAGGUUUCACCUAAGUCUUUAACAUCGUGUCCUACAACAGUUGAAUUACCAGCUACACGAGAAGAAUUCAUCGCAGCACAGAAAGAAGACACAUCCAUUAAGAAAUGUCAUGCGCUUGUUCUUUCUCUUACAGAGGCUGAGAAAAUGAAAACUGUCCAUUCGAGAGGGUCAUUGUCGAUUGUGUGGGACCACUGCCGAAGGCAAAAACCGGAAACCAGUUUAUACUCACCAUCAUGUGUGCAUCUACAAGGUUCCCUGAAGCGGUCCCUUUGAGGAGAAUAACAGCUAAUGUUAUUACUAAGGCUUUGGUGAAGUUUUUCUCUGUGUUUGGUCUACCAAAAGUAAUACAAACAGAUCAAGGCACUAACUUCAAGUCCAAGGUUUUUAAAGAAGUAUUAAAAGGAUUGAAUAUCCGUCAUGUCACAUC